UUCGAGCCGGGCGUCAGUGACUUCGCGUCCGCCGAUCCGAUCGGAUCCUCUUCAAAAAGUGCGCGCGUUCUUCCGUUCGGCCAGAAGAUAGUCGGGCAAAUUGGACUAUUCGAUCGCAUUUACGGAACCGGCGUUGAACGUGCGGAAAUAAUUGGAGUACUUCCUUUUGGACCACCGUGAUGCAGCCCGACCUCGGCCGACAAGGUGUCUGAAGGAUAUCCCCAGGAUUUUUUUCCACCUCUUUCUCUGGCCUUCGCCUUUCCUCGCGGGAUACGGUAGGUCCUGCUCGCGGACUACCAAGAUGCAGCUCAGACCCAGUUAUCGAGGCGUCUGAAGGCACCCCGCGGCCCGCGCACGGCUCGGCAUAAAGCAAUAAAAGCGCCCGCGCGCCACGAGAUAUAUCUCGCGAGGCUCGCGUAAGAAAACGGCGAAAGAAAGCCGACCGCACCGGUAAAUCAUAAACGCCACGGGGAUCGAACCCCACGGGAGAUAACUGCCUUCGCGUCAGGAGAUAGAAAGAAAGAGAGAGAGGAGCAACGGCUCGGUUAACCAAGCGGGAUUCAUCAUUCGAUCGCGCGUCCAUCGGAUCCAUCUAUCCUCGGACGCCUCGGCAGCGCUCGAAAACGAAACAGCCCGGAAGAGGGGCCCCGUUCGUCGUUCAUCAUCGGGUACAGGACGUCCGGAAGAGUACCUCGGCCGCGCGCGCGCGCGGAGAGACGGUCUUCAUCGUUCGCCAUCCUUGCUCGCCAUCGUGGACAUCGUUGAUAGACCCUGAUAGCUUCGUCUAAGAAUAUACACUUACGCGAGCAUAGACAGCCUUUCAUCCUCGCGAGCGAGUGAUCAUCACGGAUAUACUGCCAGUAAAUCGUAAUAGUCUAAGGAGAGAUGCGUUGCCAGCCAGCGUUCACUCUACGCAACAAUUGAGGAUAUUAUCGAUAGAUCGUGAUAGUUUUGCCGUAACGCGUUUGCGCUACCGUCCUGAUCAACCGAGGGAGGAUAUGAUCCACCGCAUGUGUGAAAAGUGUAACGCGGAAAGUGGUAAACUCGCGAGCGGAUCGACAUCGAUCGUCUUAACAGUGCCGCCGAUUCGCGAUCGAUCGGCUCGUUCGACGCGGUGUUUCGUCGACGGUGUUUCGUGAUCCUCGAUCUCACUACGCGCUGUUGCUCCAGGCAACAGUUUAGUGGCUAGUGAACGGAGUUUCACGUAUUAUUUAUAACGGGCCGGGGAUCAACGAGGCGACUUUAAUAUCCGCUGCAAAUCAAUUUCAUGCCGUUUCGAUGAACGAAAUCGAUUUUAUCGCUCGAGCCAGAUGUAAAAGUAACGAUCGCUUAGUUCAUCGAGAAUGUACAAUUGGAUCUCUCUUUCCUCUUCGCGUGCGACAAUUUUACGCGAGGAUUGCCUGACGCUCGCAAAGUGUCGAAAAUAACUCCUCGCCGAGAGGGUUAAUGUCACUAUCAUCGCACCGCGAGACGGAAAGUGACGGUCGCCGAGCGGCCGCGGCGGAGUGACAUAAUUGAAGAAGAAAGUGCCAGCGCAUCCAAGCCCGUUAUUAAGCGGUAUAAUGAGCGGGUACCGAGAGGGGAACGAAGAUGCCUUCGAAAGCAAGCGUCGUGCUCGCUCCGCCGCCACGGGGAUUAAAUGACGCUGAGCCCUCGAGCUGUCCAGCGUUACCCUGAAGAGGACUGUCUCAUCCGAAUCAGUAUUCAUCGCGUCAGUUUCCUGAUCCCGACACACUUUGUGAUCCCUCGCCGGCUUAUUCAAACUGUGCACGUUUCGCCUCGAUGUCCUGCGGGAACGUUCGCGCGGUGACACUGUCUCGAAACUUGUGAGAUCAUGUCGUCGAACGGUGAAUUCUCGACGAUGUCCAGCGAGGAGAUGCCUUCGCUCCCCAAAUCCCUGCCGAGCUCGAGGGAGGCCACCGCCGAGGGUGGUUCCGGUUCCAGCGGCGGAUAUAUGCCGCUACGGGAGUUCCUGGAUCGGUUCUCGUUACCAAGGGUCGUCAGACUCGAGGGUACCGGCGGCAGGCCGGUGCUCCUGUACAAGCAGCAACAGCGAUCGCUGAGAGUCACGGCGAGCCUGCUGAUCCACCGGUACCGGCAUGACGUCAAGGUGGGACCGGAGAUCGUCAUCCCGGAGGGUUAUCCAGGAUGGUUUUCUGUGAUAUCUGGCAAUAACACGACGGGCAGCGCGCGCGUCUAUCGAAGGAUAGAUUCCUUGGUGAAGACGGGGGUACCUGCUUUUCUAUUGGCGACACCUCUGAGAGGCUACACGUUGACACACUCGAAAAUGGAGAAUGGAAAUCUGCGGGCCCAUUACACGAAGACGACAAUCAGAGCCGGCGAGAUAUUACGACUCGUGGCGGUCUUCCAGGAUACGAGGCGAUGCAGCUCGGUCUCCUUCAGCAUUUCCGGCGGCUGCCCCGAAAAAGACCAGUACGCGCAAUGCAUCGACCUUCACGGACAAGAGGUGUUCGCCUCGCUGUCGACCAGAGGCGAGUUCUAUGCGAUCUGUCAGAGCGGAAGCGUCGACACCGGAAGCGACGCGGUGCUCUACAAGGUUCAUCACCUCGCCAAGAGACAACUGCCUCUCAGAGUACGAUUGAUAGCGGGACCGUUGCCAGUGCCAUUGCCAAAGGAGUACGGCGGUCUAAUGCAACUGGAGACAUCGACGCGUGGUCCGAUAGUAUUGGGCUGCGUCGUUCCUGAGAGACCGGUGCACAAUCCGGAAAUGCUCGAAUUGGUCGUGACCGGUAACGGAGCACCAAGAGUGCGAAGAGCUCGAUUGGGUUACCCUUCGGAAGCGAGAUUGCUGGCCUCCCCGAAAAUGCAACGAUUACUAUCAGCUUGCAGCCAAACGGUUGGAGAUCGAGCAACGGAACCGCGAGUAGCGCCCACGAAGUUGCACCCGCCGACCGUGGACAGCUUGAAGGAAAUGCAUCUGAAAAAGAUCAAGCCAAAAUCAGAGACCAAGCCAAUUUUGCAGAGCCUGAAGGACGGGCUGGAGCACCUGAAGCGGAGUUCCGUCAAAGAACGGAACCAACAGACAAAGCAGAGCACCGGGAACGGUAUUCUGGACAGAAUCUCGAAACUCACUCAGGGUAACAGAAAUCGAAACCCCGCGAAGAAAUCGGCCUCGUUCACGUUUGCGGUGAGGCCGGAGAUAGCCAUGAGAUCUCAGGAGCGUUACUCCAGUCUAGAACCGGAAACUACCUCUCAUCAGACCAGCCAGAAUCGAAACACCAAGCAGCCGGUACAGAGAUCCGUAUCAACCAGCGUGUUGGAAAUACCGUGCGUCGAGCUACAGCCUAAUUACUCUCACGUAAGGGACAGUCUAACGCCGCUGCCGUCACUACCGAAGCUGGUCAGGACCAGCAACAACAAAACCGAGGAAAUCUAUGCCGAGAUCUGCGAUACCGCGACGGCGAACCAGGCGCAGAAAUGCCCGGGAAGCCACGUGAUGGCGCGAAUCAGGAUCGUCGUGCAGGGCAACGAUUCGUCUUUUGGGGCGCACAACGUGAUCAGCAAUGAAAGAUAUAUGAACUCAAUGGUAACAGGCGAACAAAUUGACUCGAUCAUCAGUACAGAGGACGAAGUGAUCUAUAAUACUGUAUUCUAAAAUUAAGAUGAUAUACAAAAUACAAUUAUGAUGCUCAUACGCAAAUGAAAGAGAUUUCGUUGUAACUCGAGACAUUAAUGUAUGGAAAUCCCUAAAGUGUAGACAAACCGGCUGUGUUUAUCGCGCGCACUACGCGUACGAUCAACUUUCUAUCGAGAUGUAUUAUAUUAGAAACCAUAUUUAAAAAAUUACCAGUAUUUUUGUAGAAAAAUACAGACAUCUUCUGUAUAUAUCUUUGCCAUACUAUUAAUGUACUAACAAUUGGGAUAAGAACGCGCUUUAGAAAUGUUUCUUAGAACAACGAUUCGCUCAAAUUAAUUACAAAUGUAAGCGUAACUUGCGUCAAAAUAAAAUUUGUCUAAUUUUUAUUAAAUCCAAAAAUGUCUACAGAAAUAGAACAAUAAUGUAAAAAGAAAAACAAUGAUUCUGUUUGUAUGAAAAAAAUAUAUAUUUUAUGUCUUUUUUAA